ACAUGGCGCUGCCCUGUGUCAGAUGCCGAAUAUUCGUUCCUUUGACGUUGAUUGCAAUUCUUAGCCAAUUCGCAGCCGUGAAUAGUCGAUACACUGAUGAAGCAGAGUUCACAAUCGUGCUCAAACCCGCCGAGCAAGAAUGUUUCUUCCAAGAAGCCAAGGAGGGGCAAUACCUCGAAGUCGAAUACCAAGUUCUGGACGCUAAUUUGGAUUCGUUGAGCAUCGACUUUUCCGUCGCCGCGGCAGACGGAAAGCCGCUCGUGUCCGAGCGGGGGAAAAGUGAAUCUGUUCACCGUCUACGUAUUCCGUCGACUGGUGCCUUGAGGAUCUGUUUGGACAAUCGACCGUAUUACGCACGGAAGUCUAUCUACAUCGAAGUUUUCAUAGAGGAUGCUGACUCUGAAGACGAACAUGCGGGAGAUGACGACCCCUUCGACUUGGGAACGGUGACAUUCGCGCCCGACGACCGCUUCAACACGAAGGAAAUCGAUCAAAUGCGUCAUCGAAUAUCGAAGAUCUACGAAAAUCUCAACCAUGUCCAACGGUAUCAGGAGUGGCAAAAAGCUCACGAAGCCAAACAUAGGAAUAUGAUUGAACACAUCUUCGAUAUUCUCAACACCCUAUCAGCCCUGCAAAUGCUUCUCAUGGGAAUGCUCAUGUUCAUGCAGGUCAAAGUUAUUGAGAAAUUCUUCCAAGCGGAUUCUCCUCUCUUGAAUUGGAGAACCUGGUUCUCCUGGUCCUCCAGCUGAGAUCCCGCCCGACGGAGAUCCUCGGGAACGGGGAGAGCCGGCACUCGAAUGAUGGCAUUUGUGAAAUACUCUGUAGAAAAUAAUUGAUCGGGCUUCCGACGGGGAUGUGUCGAUAUCUUCCUAGUUACCCUGAAGCAGCAAUAUUCCCGCCGCGGAGGGCUAUUAAGCGGAGGGGAAAUUAUUUAUUCGUAGCUGUACAGGAAUGGUACAGCUGGACAAGGCGCCAAAAAGGAGAAGACAUAAGUGAGCAUCAGAGAGUCAAACGGAUAAUUCCGAGCCACAUAUUUUCUCAGCACUAGAGCCCAGAGCAAAAUCUAUCUUCUUAUUAUUGUAAUGGGACGAAAGAACGAAUGUUGUUGAUAGGACGCGCGAUGCGCACAGUCUUGACCGAGUGUUAUCCACUGAAGAUGUUUCCCAAGGAAACUCUGAUACGGUCGUCGAUAUUUGGGCCGUCUAUUCAAGGAUUGAGACAGACUGGAAGGAAUAAUAAAAGAAUCGAACGUGAUUCAGA